UUGCUUACGCAGAUUUCAGCAGUAAUGGACGCGCUUCUGCAGGGGCGAACGGAAAGGCUCUUUACGGCUGCGGAGGAUUUCAUACUGUCUCUUUUGUGUACAUUUGGUGACUGGUACAACAGUUCGGGGCAGGCUGAGCGUCUCGGAAGACAAUUUGCUCUGACUAAUACCUCCCGUACUGCAAUGGAGUUGUUUGUGCAAGAGUGGCAGGUUUUUCUCCCUCCCCGGCAUGUUAGGGUACUCCAGAUUUGCCCCAUCCUAGGAUUUCUGGCUGUAUUUUUAACCACACCAAUCAUCUUGGCCCGGAUCCUGUCCCGAGCUCACUUGCGUCAGCAGACCCGCUACCUUCUACUGGCCAAUGCUUUGCUUAGCGACCUACUCUUUGUGGCUUUCUACAUGCUUACCACCUGCUUGAAUGCAGCUACUGUGCUGAUGUCAGACUUGGCCUGUGCUGCCAUGCUCUUCCUGAUGGGAAUCUUUUACAGCGGUGGGAUCUUCAGCGCCACUGCCAUAGUGCUGGACACUUCCUUGGCUAUAUUAGCCCCAUUACGAUAUGCUACGCUGUGGCCCGUCUCCAGAACCUAUGCAGCCGUCCUCACUAUCUGGGUUAUUUCUGUCUUCUUCCCUGCCGCAUCUGUGGGUCUCUUCCUGUGGUACCAUACUAUGAGCCCUUGUACCCAACACAUUUGCUCUCUGCCUCUGGUGCUCGUGCUGACUGUUAGCCACUCAAAACCACUCCAGGUGUGCAUGUUGCUAACUGUCACAGCUGUUCUAAUUACUCUGCUGCUGGUGGUAUUUGGUUAUGUGCUUCUGUACUAUCAUACCAGCAAGUCCGGUGUGUGGAGAGGAGAACGGUCAUCCCGGGCUAAAGGGACAUUUUUUGUUCACUAUCUCAACUUGUUCCUGUCUGUGUGCCCCAUGCUGCUACUGGUCAUCAAGUUGCUGCUGUACAGCUACAGCAGUGAGCUACAUCCCAGUGUAGGCCUCUGGGUUUCGCUGAUACUGUGUAAUAUCCUGCUGGUUUUGCCCAAAGCCCUGGCACCUUAUCUGUAUGGGCUCAGAUACAGGGACCUGCGUGGGGCACUGCUGGAUUUCUUUGGGCUAAAUAGGCCUAGGGCCAUCACACCUGUUAUGUGAUUCUUAAAACGAUCAUUUUUGUCAACAUUGUGUAUAGGUUUUCAAAAGACCAUUUUAUUUUUAGACUUUAAUAACAUAUCCUGCUUUGAAGAAUUAUGCAGUAUACUAUGCGGUGCCAUUUGACUGUAAACAAUACUGAACAUUCAUGUGACUACUAAUUACUCACCCGUGUAAUCGGUUUACUCAGAAUUAGAGUCUGUGGUCUUUAAAAUAAAUGAUAACAUAAUGGAAUAGUUUAACAAAGCCAUUUUUAUUUUUUAAGUUACCACUUGCUUGUUUUUUUUUAUACCUGUUGCUAAUAGUUGUUGGGUGGCAUUAUCUUCUAAAGAUUGAAAGUGUCUAAUUGCUGCCAUUGUUGCUUCUCUUGUUUGACUACUUUGUCACCUUUCAAUUUCACUUUCAUUUUCUUUUGCUUGGUUUUGUUGUUUGAUUUGUCAUUCUAUGAAAAUGUAGAUGCUACUUUUGAACAGGACUUAAAUUAUAUAUAUUAAAAUAUUUUAAUUUAAUCGCACAUUUUUAUUUGUUCUAUAUGUACCUUAAAUUGAUACAUUUCAAGUUUUUAAUGCUCUAAUCAACGUGGACAUGGAUGUAUUUCUUGCCUAAAGUCAAGCAUGGUGGUGGUAGCAUCAUUGUCUGGGGCUGCAUGAGUGCUCCUGGUACUGGGGAGCUGUGGUUCAUUGAGGGAAAUAUGUAUUUUAACAUGUUCCUUGCUGAGGGGGCUGAAGGUGAAGGUAAUGGAGUGGCCAAGUAUGUCUCCAGACCUGAACCCUAUUGAGCUACCUGUCAGGCAUCCUCAUGUGGAAGGUGGAGAAGCGCCAUGUGUCUAACAUCCAGCAGCUCUGUAAUGUCAUUAUGGAGGAGUGGAAGAGGAUCCCAGCAACAACCUGUGCAGCUCUGGUGAAUUCCAUACCCAGGAGGAUUAUAGCAGUGCUGAAUAACAGUGGUGCUCAUACAAAAUAUUGACACUUUGGACACAGAUUUGACAUGUAAAAUAGUGGGUGUACCCACUAUUGUUGCUGGUUAUUUAGACAAUAAUGGCUGUAUGAUGAGUUAUUUUUAGAGGACUAAAGUAUAUCCAAGUUUCAAUUCUAUAAUAUUGUCCCUUGAAAGCAUAUAAUAUCAUGAUU